AUGCUGUGGGGAGCAGGUUUCCCGUGCAGCCUGGGCUCGCUCUGUCUCUCGCUGCUGCUCCUUUCCCUGCCCGCGGCCGUGCCCGCCCGGCCCGCGAACGGCUCCGCGCUGCGGGAGCGGCCCGAGCCCGCGGCCGAGGCGGAGCUGGCGCCCCCCGAUCACCUGAACGGCGUCCGGCUGGAGCGCGACGGGCACCUCAACCGCGACUUCCACCACGAGGUGUUCCUGGGCAGGGCCGGCGGGCAGCGCGGCGCCGAGCCCCGCGGGAAACUGGCGGGGAUAUUCGCCAGGGUGGACACGGACAGCGACGGCCGGGUGAGCGCGCGGGAGCUGCAGCGCUGGGUCAUGGCCAAGACCCGCGAGCACUUCCAGGAGGCCGUGCAGGAGAACAGGAUCCACUUCCGGGCCGUCGACCCCGACGGCGACGGUCACGUCUCUUGGGACGAAUAUAAAAUUAAAUUCUUGGCGAGCAAAGGCUUCAACGAGAAGGAAAUUGCAGAGAAAAUCAAAAACAACGAGGAAUUGAAAAUAGAUGAAGAAACGCAGGAAGUGCUGGACAAUCUGAAGGAUCGCUGGUACCAGGCCGACAAUCCCCCCCCGGACCUGCUGCUGAGCGAGCAGGAGUUCCUGUCCUUCCUGCACCCCGAGCACAGCCGCGGCAUGCUGCACUUCAUGGUGCAGGAGAUCAUCCGGGACCUCGACCAGGACGGGGAUAAGAAGCUGACCCUGCCCGAGUUCAUCUCCCUGCCCGUGGGCACGGUGGAGAACCAGCAGGCGCAGGACAUCGACGACGACUGGGUGAGGGACAGGAGGAAGGAGUUCCAGGAGGUGAUCGACGCCAACCGCGACGGCAUCGUCACCAUGGAGGAGCUGGAGGAGUACAUGGACCCCAUGAACGAGCACAACGCGCUGAACGAGGCGCGCCAGAUGAUCGCCGUGGCCGACGAGAACCAGAACCAGCAGCUGGAGCUGGAGGAGAUCCUCAAGUACAGCGAGUACUUCACGGGCAGCAAGCUCAUGGACUACGCCCGCAACGUCCACGAGGAGUUCUGAGCCUCCACCCCCUUCCAGAACCUUCUUUUCCCAAAAAAUUAUAUAAAAAACCUCAGCCAAGCCGCGGGAAUUCCUCGCUCGGGGCGUUCCCGGUUUUCCGUCCGUCCCUGGGAUCUGCGGCUCCUCCUCUGGAGAGGUUUUCCAGGCACGAGGGGUCGGUGGGAGUUCCUGGGUUCCGGAGUUUUCCCUGGCGGUUUGUGGGGUUGAAUCCAGCUGGGAUUGGGGCUGGGCUGCCUGGGGAGGAGCCUGAGGGGGUCCCGAGGUUCCUGCAGGGAGGAUCCCAGAGAAAGGCGGGGAUUGGGAAUGGGGAUUCCAGGGAAUGUUUGACCUGGGAAUUGCCCUCACAGGAAUCCCAGGUAAAAUUCGGAUUUUUGGGAUUAGGAACGGCAAUUCCAGGGAAUGUUUGACCUGGGAAUUGCCCUCACAGGAAUCCCAGGGAAUCCCAGGUAAAAUUCGGAUUAUUGGGAUUAGGAACGGCAAUUCCAGGGAAUGUUUGACCUCCUGGGAAUUCUCCUCACAGGAAUCCCAGAUAAAAUUUGGAUUUUGGGAAGGGAACGGGGAUUCCAGGGAAAGUUUGACCUGGGGAUCCAGGGAAUCCCAGCUAAAAUUCAGAUUUUUGGGAUUGGGAACGGGGAUUCCAGGGAAAGUUUGACCUCCUGGGAAUCCCAGAUAAAUCUUGGAUUUGGGGAAUUUUGGUGGUUCCGAGGAACGUUUGACCUCCUGGGAAUAUCCACUCUCAAUCCCAGUGUUUUUCUCAACUUCCUGAAAAGUUUAUUGGGAAUUUAAUGGGAAUUUUCACCCCUUUUCAGGGAGCUGUGGGGAAGAAUUUAUUUAAAAUGUUACAGAAAAAAACCCUCUUUGGAAUUAAAUUAAUUAAAACAAAAAAAAUUAAUUAAAAUAACAAAAUUAAAUUAAUAGAAAAUGACAUUUUUUGUUGCCAUCUGCACUGAGAAUGGGAGAUUAUGGCUUUAAAAAAUCAGAUUUUGGUCUAAAAUCAAACAAUUUGGAAGUUUUUUUGGGAACUUAAGCUGUUGGACAGAGCAGUGGGAAUUCCUGUGGAGUUUGAUGGCUGCUUAAUUAAAAUUCACUGCUAAAAUUAAUGAGCUCUGUGCUAAUGAAUGCUGUUCACGAGCUGCUAAUGAUGAUUUGGGGGGGAUUCCAGGCUCUGAAAGCGCCUCUGUCCCAAAUAAAAUGGAUUUUUCCUCUGCUUCCAUCCUUGCUGGGAAAAACCCCUCAUUGGGAAAGAAUUCCUGAAAAUCUGAGAUGUUCUAUUUGAUUAAAUUUAUUCUUAAUAUAAUGUAAAUACAGGAGUUGCUGUCCCUCUUUCCCUUUUCCUGCUCUUUAUUCGAUGUUUUUAUUAAAUUCCUUGGAUAAAAGGUUUUAUAUCCAUAUUUUAUUUUCAUUUGCCAUUAAAUAUUUCUUUCCAUGCUUUGGAAA